GUUGAAAUAAAUAAGAAGAAACUCCACAAAAUCCCAAAGAGACAAAGAAGAAAAAAAUGGACACAGUCAAGGUUUUGAAAGGUUAUGGCAAAGUGGAGGAAGAAAAACACAACCACCACCACCACCACCACCACAACCUCGAAGACCAACAACAACGCAAUCAACACCACCACCGUAAAGCUUCCACCGCCAUAAUCUCCAUCCUCGCCAUCCUCUUCUUCACUCUCGCCUUGGCUUUCACCCUCGCCACCCUCCUCCACCACACCACCACCACCACCAAGCCACCGCACAAACAACAACAACCUCUCAACUCAGCCGACUCCAUCCGCACCGUCUGCAACGUCACUCGCUUCCCGGACUCCUGCAUCGCCGCCGUCUCCUCCUCCAACGACCACCCCACCGACCCACAAUCCAUCCUCACCCUCUCCCUCCGCGCCUCCGUGGACGAGCUCGCCUCCGUCGCCUCCUCGCUCGGAGUCAAGGCCUCAAGUUCUAACGGCCAGGGGGUUGCCGAUUGCAAGGACCAAGUAGACGACGCGCUGAGUCGACUCAACGACUCGCUGUCAGCGAUGGCGGUGGUUCCCGGCGGUGUGACGCUGACGGAUGCGAAGAUCAGCGAUAUUCAGACGUGGGUGAGCGCGGCGGUGACGGAUCAGCAGACUUGCCUUGAUGGGUUGGAGGAGGUUGGGUCUGUGGUGGUUGAAGAGGUGAAGAAUAUGAUGAAGAAAUCAAGUGAGUACGUUAGCAACAGCUUGGCCAUUGUUGCUAACAUACGCACCUUGUCACAACAAUUCCACAUGCCACUCCAUUGAGAAUUUUUUCAUCUCCUUAUUACUUGUUUGUUUCCAUUUUGUUUUAUGUUUCAAUUUUUGUUUUCUUCAUAGUUAUUUUAUAUACUUAUAAAAUGAAUCUUAUGAAGGGUUUGGAAUUUGUAUGUUGUGUGUGUGAAUGUACAAAUUGUAAUUGUUUGAUGGAAAAUACUUAUCAUUAUAACAAGUUUAAAGAUGAAAUUGUAAGUGACUUGCUAUUUUUCAAUCAAA